AUGACGACAGCUCUUACCUUUGACAUCAUCGUCCGAGCAGUGUUGGACGAACGUCUGCAUGAGCAAACAAACCCUAUCGGCGGCCCCCUAAGAAUCGCCCUCGCAGACCAAUUACGUUUAAUGGGCAUUAGACAAGCUUUCAGCUUUGGUUACCUGUUUCCCUGGCAACAGAAGGCCGUCGACCAUAACAACGAGAUCAUCCACAAUCAACUCUACCCCAGCAUUAUGCGCUCCCUCGAGUCUGGUUUAAAGCCUUCCAAGAAAAAGACGGUUCUAAACCUUGCUCUAAUGCACCUCUCAGACGAAGCGGAUGCGCGCGCGGUAAACCCAGCCACAGACCCAGACAUGAUAGAGACUAUCAUAAGUAACCUCAAGACCUUCCUCGUUGCCGGCCAUGAGACGACGGCGAGUGCCUUGUGCUUUAUGUUCAAGGUUCUCCAGGACAACCCGGGUAGCUUGGCCAAGGUCCGCGCUGAGCAUGACGAGAUACUCGGCCCGGACGCGGAGAAGGCUGCCGAUAUUCUGAGCAACUCUCCACAGUUACUUAACUCGUUGAGAUAUACCCAGGCGGUAAUUAAGGAGACGCUACGGCUAUACCAGCUUGCCUCCACGAUGCGGGGCGGAGAGCCAGGGUUCUAUUUAACCGACCCCGACUCCGGGAGACAAAAUUCAACUGAGGGCUUUCUGGUCUGGGAUGGAGGUCCCGGUAUGCAGCACGACCCAUCGUUGUGGCCUGAUGUGGACAAGUUUUUGCCGGACAGGUGGCUGGUAUCUGCGGAGGAUCGACUACACCCUGUCAAAGAUACCUGGCGUGCUUUUGCAAGAGGCCCUCGAGACUGCAUCGGUCAAGAGGUCGCAUUGGUAGAGAUCAAACUAGUUGCAGCUCUUAUAUUGCGUGAGUUCGAUAUCGAGGAAGCCUGGGACGAAUGGGACGAUUAUAAGGGGUUGAAAGGCCCUAAGGAUAUGGUAAAAGGCCAGCGCUUGUACGUCGCUGGAGACGGGAUCGGCCACCCCAAAGAUGGCAUGCCAGUCCACGUACGCCUCAGACAGAAGUGA